GCAAAAAGGAAAAAAAAGGAAGAACGAAAAAGAAGGAAACGAGGAAAAAAACGGACACAAUGAACCCAUGAAUGAUAGAAUGGAAGAACGGAAGGAAGGAAAAACGGAAAAAUACAAACAACAUUUCUUCUUUACAUUUGCGACUCGUUUUUGAAGCAAGGCCGUCACCGCGCUGCCGUCCAUCGGAUCAGCCCUGCAUGCAUCAGGGAAGCAUCGGUCUAAGUGAGCUAAGCGGAAGCGGAAUUGAACACGUUAAAUGUUUUGUUUUUUAAGGGAUGGGUAGACCCCUAAUUAGGCUAAGUAGCUAGUAGUAGUAACGGGUAAGAAACUAUUAAACAAUAGGUACCUACUAGGCUCCGGACGCAUGAAAGAUCACGAAAGUCGAAACCGUUCGGACUAUUCAUGGUCAUGUGGUUCCGACUAUUCAUGGUCAUGUGGUUCCUACAUUUUUUGGGAAACAUGUUGAGUGCCAAGCAAGCACUUGAGGUGCAGCCGAUGCUGCUUUUAUUUGAAGGUGCUGGACAGAAGUUAAGUGUCCCAAAUCUUACUGAGAUGAAAUUGUCGUUUUUUCCUUUUUGAGAAGACAUGCUUGAUAUUGUAGUUUUGGCAACUGUGCUUUCCUUUGCUUUCAGAGAAGACCUCCUUGUCACUGCACUGCACGAGUGAAGCAGCACUGACCCCAACACAGCGGACAGUAUUGAUUUGCUCAUUACCGCUGGAAAGUCCACCUUUGCCAAGACAGGAGUUUGUUCAAUCAGCAACAGAGAAGUCUUUGCCCGUUGAGCAUGUUUACUGGAUACUCCUACUGUCAGCUCCCACAUUGCUCCCAUCAAUUUCACCGCGUUUUGUUCCAAUGUUGCGAUCAACGACAUGGGAGCAGCACUUGUGCUGCGGUGCAGUCCGCACUGCUGCCAUCAACUCGGUGCCGAAUGCGAAGAAGAGUCCAUAGGCCUGGUAGGCUUUGAGAGCCUUAGUGUUUUGGAUUGGGGACAAGGUUUGGCCAAUGGAGAGCCUGUAGGGCGAAUCCUACAAGAGACCCUUCAUGUGAGCGACGUGGACAGAGAUUUGCUGUGCUUUGCAGCAUCCUCUGCAUUGACAGUGGUGCGAUGGUUGCUACUUUUGGGAGCUCGUCCGGAAGCUGCCGACAACAAUGGCACCACUGUCCUUCAUGCUGCUUGCCGCUCUGGUUCUUUAGCCGUGGUGAAACAGUUCAUCAAGCAGACGGCGCUGCUGAAUAAGCCCGAUGUUGCUGGUUGGACCCCUCUUCACAUUGCAGCCCACAUGGGCCGCCGCGCCGUGGUGGCCCGGCUCUUGCAAGCCAAAGCCACUCCUGGCCUGGCAAAUUCAAGAGGUCUCAAACCAUCUGACUUAUGCAAGGAUACCGUCACAUACCAAGCCAUCAUGCGGACGAUGACGCCUGAAGAGGUAAAUCCGCGACUCUUUACACGAGGCGUGCAUGGUCAGCAAAUCUUCACGGAGAAUACGGGAGUUGACGAUGAGGAGGGUGCCGAGGAAGGCUUUGACGACCUUGUUGGACUUCCCCAACAAUGCGAGCCUGAGCUCUUCUUUGUUAAUCCUAGGCCGGUAUUCGUCCAUACCGCGUCACACCGGAAGGGGUUAUUGGGACUUGCUGCUGCUGUGUUCAAUCUCCAGCCCACACAUGGGCUUGCCAUUAUGGUUCUCAGUGGCUUAGAGGAAGGCUACACUUCAGCCAUGAAGGUGUUGCUGAAGCAUGGAAAUGUCAGUCGAAGCAUGGCUGGCAGCUUCUUGGGCGAGCCUUUGUCAGUCUGCCCUUUGAUUCGCUUCAGCUUCUUUGACUCUCUGCCUCUUCUGAAUACGGGUGUCAUAUCCUGCAUGAGGACGGUAUUCUCAGCCCUAGGCAUUCCAGAGGAGCUCCAGAAAUUGGAUCGGCUCCUUUGGGCAGUUGCCAGUGUAUGGUGGCGAAAGCACAGAGCAUUGAAAGAAAGUGGGCGGGUUGCACCCAAAAGGGCGACAAAGGGUCCAGGCUCUGAACUGACUGGGUUAGACCUCCUGCAGUACCUCUCGGGUCAGGAGGCGCUGUACCAGCUUAUGCUGAGCAGCGUGCUCCUACACCGACGAAUCUGGGGAGGCUCUAAAAGCAUGCCUGUGGGACCUAUGGACUUUCAGGAAUGGUCUGAAUUGAAUCGCGGAAUCGAGCGACAGGGUGAGGAUGAUGUGCCUGAGCAUGUCCAGAACAAGAUCUAUUGCGACAUCACUGCUCAGCGCGUUCCUGAACUUUCCGCUUGGCCUGCCAACCAGGUUGUGGUGCCCGUUUCUGACAUUCCUGAAGAAGCUCUUCCAGGACCCGGUCAGAUGGCUGAAAUCACAGGGCAGAAGGUGCUUUCUCCACGUUGAGAAUCUGUUUUGCAGCAUCGAGCAUCGCUGGAAGGUUGGGUUUUUGUGCACAGCAGUGCCCUGUUGCCUGGCUCUGUGGGUUCUGAAUGUGUGACACAGGUAGAAGAGGAGAUCGAAAAUGAAAACCCUUGCAUUUGGGCAAGCUUGUGCGGUAUUUGCCUUGUCUUCUCUUCUCAGCCUCCUGGCAUUGCGGUUCCGCAUGCCGUGGUGGACUGUCGUCAUUUGCAAUUCCUAGACAUCUCGGAUGAGGCAAAACUGUAAUGUUUGCAGCUGAGGCCGACAGCUCCCUUGGACAGCUUGACAAGCAGGCGCAUUAGCGAAGAACUCGUCAGGGCUGCCAAACUCCUUCCAGAUGGUCGGUGGGAGGAGCUUUGCAUGUACAAGCUCAAGAUGAGUUUUGAAAGUGCCCAAGUGCUUGAUCUUUGGGUUCGAGCACUCAUGCAGAAGCCAUGCGAUGCAAUGUUGCCCGACUACCUGCACAGUGGAAGUGUUCUGCGAGUCCGGAAGCUGGGAACUAUGGAGACAAAAUUGAACGAUUGCGCAACUAUACCAGGAGCAGAUGUGACGGAUGUUAUGACAUCUGCGUUUAAUGGCGAAGAAAGCAGCCGGAAAGACCUGCCACUUUUUUCUGCCGAUGAAACGGAGGAGCUGCACGAAGUAUCCUUUGUAGGCGUUCUGUGAUGUCCAGUCCGCAAGUCCUUGGAUAAUGACCUUGGUGCAGAUGAACUUUCUAGUCCUUUUCCGG